AUGAGUUCAAAUGAAAUACUAUCCACCCUAGGAUCAAACGAUAACAAAAUAACAAUCAAUGAUUUGCCAAAUGAAAUAUUGCUUCAAAUUUUUAAUUACGUACCAAUACUGACGAUAAAGCAAAUUCUACUAUUUCCAAAAUUGAAUUUAGUAGCUCAAUAUCACAUAUAUGAUAAAUGUCAAUAUUGUUUACAAGUGAAUGAUGACAAUAUACUCAGUGUCAAUAAUACAAACGAUAGUGCUUCGGAAAUUUCACAAAAUAUAGAACAAAAUGGUUAUAACAUAAUUGAUGAUAAAGGAUUAACAACGGCUACAACCAUAAAUCACAUAAAGAGGUUUAAAACUUAUAAAAUAAUAUUAAAUAUAAUAAGAUUUGAGGACAUAUUGAAAAAACUAAAAGAGAACGAAUCAAUCAUAAAUGAAAUAAUAUACAAGGAUCAAAAGGCGCCGCUAAAUAUAAACAUAUCUAUCAAAUUAAAUUAUUCAAUAAGUAAUUUUAAUGAUGUUAAAGAUUGUUUUUUCAAUAUUGAUUUUAUUAGUUCUAUUUUUAAUGAAAAUGAUGUCAAUAAUGUAUCUAUUGAUCUACAAUUGAAUAAGCAAUUAUGGUGA